GAAGAAUCGAAAGUAUAAAUUAACUUUGAGCAGCGUCUGGAUUCAUUCUGGGUGUUUUGACGGACCGAAGCUACAGUUUCAGACGCUCAAUAUAUCCAUUUAAUCUCAAAAGCCUCAUAGAUCUACAGGAAUUCCGUUAAGAUGUGUUUUCUCGCCAUGCCGCUUCCUCUGCUCCUGGUUUCUGCCCUGGUUUUUUGCACAGGAGAAGCCUUGGGGAACAUUGUGUCGCUGAAGAUCCAAGCCAUUGCUGGGGAAACGGUGAUUCUGCCCUGCACCAUCAGUGUAAAGGUUGAUGCUGUCAUCCCAUCAGUGGAGUGGUCCAAGGAGCAUCUGUACCCCACCAUCGCCUUCCUGUAUCGAGAUGGCUGUGAGACCUUCGAGGAGAAGAAUCAGACCUUCCAAUACAGGACAAAUCUCUUCCUGAAGGAACUGAAGAGUGGAAACGCAUCGCUGAGGCUUUCCAACGCGCAGCUGUCGGAUGCAGGGACAUACAAAUGCAAGACGAUGAUUAAGGGUCGACCCCUGGAAGUGGGUUCCAUAGAGCUGUCUGUGGGUGCAGUUUCUGAGCCGAAGCUCUCAGUAGUUUCAGCUGAGGAUGGGAAAGUGACUCUGCAGUGUGAGGCUGACUGCUGGUUCCCAAAGCCUGAGAUCACAUUUAUUGACGCUCAUGGAAAUAUCAUCAGUGAUGAAAACCCAAAGACUCCUAUCGACUUCAAGAGGGGUUGUUUCAACAUCAGAGGGAGCGUGACGGUGCAGGCUGGCAACAGGGUCACCUGCAGAGUUCACCAGGACGAAAUAAACCAGACGAGAGACACAGAGAUUUACAUACCUGAUGAAUUCAAGACGUCCUGUACUCCACUCAUCAUCAUUGCUGUUAUAGUACCUAUCAUUUUAUGUGCAAUAUGUGCCUUCCUAUACACGACCGGUUUCAUCUCUGUGGGGGACAAAAACUGCUCUCUACGUAAGCAACACACCAAGGUGCCACAAACAGAAGAAGAUGAUGACAACGGGACAAAACAGAUUGAUGAGCUUCAGAGGAACAUCUCUGACCUGGAGUACAAACUUAACCAAGAGAUCGAGAUCAACAGCAAACAAAAAGAGGAACUGAAGGACUUUAAAUCCAAGCAGAGUCCUGUGGUUUUUCAUGACCAGCAUACGAUUGUUCACAUUCCUUCCCCAGAUGUCUCAAAACCCCUGAAAACUCAAAGCAAGUUUCCCGACGACGACAAUCCAACACCAGCAGCUUCAACCAACAACAACCAUCAAAGAUCUGUCAGUUUACCCCAGAACAAAGACGUCCCAACACACAUCCCUGCGUGCCCUCAGAUCCAAAGAGGCAAACAUAGCCACAGCAGUCCUGCUCUUUUGACCAAAAAUGAUGAAGUGUCCCCCAGUUCUCCUUCAGCCUCCUCUGCCUCAAAGGUUCAGCGUUCGAGGUGCAUGUCCGAGUCUGGAUCACGUUCAAACGGUGCCAGACCUCAACGUAGAAACACCUUCUCCUACCCAUUUCCGUCCGUUAACCGCUUCUCUCCUCUGGCAAAUCUACCUGAAGAUGAUUCCAUGGCGCUGCUUGAAUGAGAGCAGAGCAUGUUGUGGUUUUUCUUCAGUAUAGGAAGAGAUCAAAACAAGUGGUCAGUGAUGGAGAAAGUACUUAAAGUAAAAUGAGUCGCACCAAAGUGCAGAAAAGGAAAAAACAUGCAUUGAUGAUUUCACUCUAGUCAAAGUAUUUUUAAAAUACCAAAAAUAAAAGCACUUAUUGUGCAUUUUUUUAUAUAAUGUUGGCCAAAUCAUAUCACUAUAUAAUAUACUUACAACAUUUAAAUGUGGAGCUAACUUUUUUUUUUGUAUUAGUAAAUAUGGACUUUUCUUGUAGUAGAAUAGAAGUAUAAUGUUACUUAAAUAGGAAAUACUUAAUUAGUAGUAGUAGAACCUUUAUUUAUCCAGGAAAAUCAAUUAAGAACAAAUUCUUAUUUACAAUGAUGACCUGACAGGAGGCAAAGGCUUCCUGAGGGGAUGGGGUUUGGGAGGAAAAAUAAAUAAAAAGACAGACUCCGGGCACUACAGAACCCAGGAGACAACACAAACACAUAGAGCAAAGAUGACAGGCAUAGCAGUUAACCAUAUAACAACUCUAAAACAAUAUUGCUGUGGUUCAAUCAGUCAUUAAAAUCAGCAUCAGGCAAUUAAAAUACUGUUAUUGGUAAAUGUAGUUAGUUACUUUGGUUUGGUGGGUUUUGGCAUUACAGAUGUUUACAAACAUUGUCAUUUAUGGGUUAGGGUUACUUGUUUAAUACUCAGGAUUUUACAGUGUUUUUAUGGUAAUUAUUGUCUUUUUGUUCACAACUUCUCCACAUUUCGAAGUGUUUCACGAGCCAGAACGACCUAUCUUUCUUCCUGGCUUGCUCUAUAAUGAUCCAAUUAAAAUGCAAUACCAACAACUCAACACAACAACGUAAACUACGACAACAACCCACACAUUGUGCAUUGUUUAGAGCGGUUAUAAAGUGUUGAAGCGCUCAAAUUCGAAACUGUUUCAACCUGUCACCUGUCAGAAUCGAGACGAGGCAGUGCAUUGAAUCCAUGGAUGUAUAGAUUGAAUCGCGUGAAUGGACCGCGAACCAGUGAGUUGAUUCAUUCAGGAAAUGAAGCAGUUGCUGCUUCGGACGUCACAUGUCACGUGAUUUGAAACAAGCUUCGAAGCACUGCUUCUAUGGAAUAGAAGAAGUCCAGGGUUGAAGCUCCGUUCGAAGCUUCAGUGUCAAACUGCCAUCACUAGUAUUUGGACGUUCUGCCUCUGCCUCCUUACUUGGUCGGGCCGCUCAACGGUCAGUCUCACAAUAACAUUUUAAUGCGUUUUAUUACCGAUGACAUCAAGUCAAACGAUUUAAAACCUUGAACUAAAGAUAAAGAGCACCCCCUUGUGGAAGAAUCUUGAUAUUGCUUUUUUAUUUCUGUUCAUUCAUUAAAAUGUGAUUUUACCUCAA